CUGCAUUUUUGGGUGAUAAUCCUGAUUUUCCUUCUCUAUUGUUGAUGGCUCUUAUGUAUGUUGUUGUUGGUGGGCUGUGACAUCCUUGUAGACUGAGUUUGGGUGUUUUUACCCUCAAUUUGCAUAAUAAGAGAUGAAGAGGGCGGACUCCCUAUAAGUCCCGUGGUUUUUAUCCUUCACAUCGAAGGGGUUUUCCACGUAUAAAAAUCGUGUGUCGUUUGCAUCUUUAUUUUUCAUAUUUUAUUGUGGUUUAUUUGAUGUGUUGCUGAUUUUGUGUGCUUGGUUAAUCAAUUGUGGUAAAUUGGGUCAAGUGUUUGGUUGGUUGUCUUGAAGUUGAUCCUUGUAGGUGUCGUAUCCUACUUGUUGCUUCUCCCCCAACAUCAUAAUACUCCCCUAUCGACUCACCCUCAACGCAUCAUCUACAAAUCGUCUGCCGGAUCAUAUCACGGAGUUUGGAUUGCCGGAGUUGACGCGAUCCCGACUGUAGCACGGCAAUUCAGUGCCGGAUUCAAGAAUUUCGGGGUUUAACGGUGGAGAUCUGAUGGCGGACGGCGGAAAUCCAUCUAGGUAUGUAAAGUUGACCAAGGAUCAGACGCCGGUCGAGGACAUCAAUCCCGGCGAGCUCAAUAUGCCCAUUGAUGUUCAUCAGUUAUCGGCUCGCAAGUGCAAUGAAUGUGGGCAGCCUUUACCUGAAAGUUUUGCACCCCCUGCUGAUGAGCCAUGGACAACAGGGAUCUUUGGAUGUACUGAAGAUAUGGAUAGUUGUUGGACAGGACUUUUUUGCCCCUGCGUCCUGUUUGGGCGUAACGUUGAGCAAUUGAGAGAUGAUACUCCUUGGAGCCGUGCCUGUAUUUGCCAUGCUGUUUUUGUGGAGGGAGGUAUUGCUCUUGCAGUCGCAACAGCGGCAUUAAAUGGCGUUGUGCUUGAUCCCAGGCAAGCCUUCCUUAUCUGUGAAGGCUUGGUCUUCAGUUGGUGGGUGUGUGGAAUAUAUACUGGGCUCUUUCGGCAAUCACUUCAAAAGAAGUAUCAUCUGAAGAAUUCCCCGUGUGACCCCUGCGCGGUGCACUGCUGCAUGCACUGGUGUGCCUUGUGCCAGGAGCAUAGAGAGAUGAAGGGACGUCUAUCUGACGAUAACGCCAUCACACCUAUGACCAUAGUCAACCCUCCACCUGUCCAAUACAUGACUCGCACUUCCGACGAUGCUGGUGGUGAUGGUGGUGGUCAUGGCCAUGAAUCGUCUGCUGCCGCCCACACAAACCUUGAGAUGCAACCUCUUUGAAAGCCUACACAGUUUCUAGUCUCCUCUCAGGAACAGACUUGUUUGAAAAAGGGCCAAAAGGUACUACUGAGUAGUACUAUACCAGUAAUAUACUUACUACAAAAGACCAUUGAGUUGCUCUUUUGGUGGUAAUAUCAGCUAUUUUUCAUGCUUAUAUACUCCUUCCUCCUGCAUAUAACAUUUCAAAUUUUUUUAGUCAAAUUGAAUAACUUUAAGACCACGUU